UGAAAGUCUAAUUCACAAUCGACUGUUGUGUUUUCAGUGCCACAGUCAAGAGAGAUUUGACCUACAUAUGCAGGGAGUUUGGAUUUAUUGGAGGAAAGGUGAAAGAUUUCAAAGACAUUAACUUUAAAGUCUGCUUUCUGCCGUGAAAUUAUACAACAUUUUUUUAUUUUAUUAAAAGAAAGACUUAAAUAGAACGUAUCUGAAAGCUUGAUGCAAUUUUGAAAACUGGAAAAUCUAGAUCUUGGGGACCAAUGUAUAGCAGCAGCUAUUCCCAGGUCAAAAAGCUCAGUCCAGCUCAGAAGAAGAUGCAGUACCACUCGAAGGGCAAGAGCUGUGGCUACUACAUGCGCAUCAUCUUCUUCUUCUCCUCUCUUAUUCAGUCUCUUAUCAUAGUAAGCCUUGUGCUCUUUCUGAUCUACGGGAAGACCGAGGACUCGGCCUCUUCGUCGCGUGUCCAGGACCUGGAGAAGAGCUUCAGCGAACUCUCCAUAGAAAACGUUGAACUGAAGAAGCAGAGGAAAAACCUGACCAACAUCCUCAACAACACCAUCACUGAAAAGGCUAAGAAUGACUGGGACCUCAAUUACCUGCGAGAGAUAACCAACAAGUCCAUCAGUUGGUUCCAGUUCAAUGAGUUGCAGAUGCAUCAGCUCCAGAAUGAGUUGAACUUGUGCAAAGUGAGAUGUUUCAACCCCCAAUCCCGUUCAAUCCCACAGCCAACUGGAAACAUCUGUGGGCCGUUGGUUCAGCAAAUGAAAGCUGGACUUGAAUUAUUGGAAUCCAACUUAACUCAAACAAAGCGGAUAAUGACAAUGGAAAAAGAACAGAUUGCAAAAGAAAGGGACAACCUUAACCUGGAAACCAUCCAUCUCAGGAGGGACAAAUCUACUCUGGAAAAGGAGCUAGAGCUCUCCAAGCAGAGUACAAAGGACCAGUUCUCCCAGUUGUUGGCUUCUGUCUCCGGUGUCUCUAAGGCUUUACUGGAGAAAAUUGAUUCUCUCUUCCCUGAGCACCUCCGAUUCCAGAUCACUUGUUUAAAACAGAAGGAACACCUGGAGCAGAUCCAGUCCAACUGCACCAACCUUUCCCGGGAAGUAGAGAACAAGCUCCAAUACUACCUGAACAUUGUAGGAGACAAGGUGUCGAACAUGCAGAACGAGAACAACCACUUAAAGGCAGAGAACUGGCGUCUGUCUGAGGACUAUCGCUGGUGUAGCCAAAAUCGUACGAACAUGAUGAACGAGCACAAACGUAGCGGAGAAGAAGUUCAGCUGAAACACGAUCAGGAGAAGGAGAGACUCCUGAUGGACAAGAUGAAGCUGAAUGGGGAGAUAGAGAUCCUGAAGAACAGCGUGAAGUACAAAAAUGCAGAGAUGGAUAUUCUAAGAGAACAAUAUAAUCAUCUCAACAUGUCAUGCACGGCAAGGAAUGGACUAGGUGGAUAUUCAGGAGGGGCCCUGGGGUCACGGCAAAACACACCGUUUGGUGGUGGCUCGUUUGGUGGUGGUUCCAGUCAUUCAUCCUCCAGUUCUUACAGUUUAGGUCAAAGUAGGACAGGAACAACUGGGUCAGGUCCAAGUUCAAGCUCUGGAUUGGGAUACAGUGGGGCGGCUUCUGCUGGGGCAGGCUCAUCAAGCUCAACCUUCCAGCAAUCUGGGUCAAGGUCAGGCCUGACUAGUGUUGGCUCUGGAGUUAAUAAACCUGCAUCAACAGGGGGUGCUUUUCCGAACCAGCCAUCAUUUGGCACAAGUCUUGGGUCAAGUGGGACAGGAUUAAACAAACCAGACAGUGGAAGAAGCUCAACAGGCUUUGGGUCACCAUUUGGGUCUAGUUUAAACCAAGGGUCAAGUGGGACAGGAUUAAACAAACCAGAUAGUGGAAGAAGCUCAACAGGCUUUGGGUCACCAUUUGGGUCUAGUUUAAACCAAGGGUCAAGUGGGACAGGAUUAAACAAACCAGACAGUGGAAGAAGCUCAACAGGCUUUGGGUCACCAUUUGGGUCUAGUUUAAACCAAGGGUCAAGUGGGACAGGAUUAAAUAAACCAGACAGUGGAAAAUCCUCAACAGGCAUUGGGUCACCAUUUGGGUCAAGUCCUAAUAAACCAAGCUAUGGGGUGGGAUCAUCAUCUACAUCAAGUGGGACUGGUGCGUCAAGUGGCUCCAGUAGCUCAGCAAGUAAACCCUCAUCAUCACUUUCCUCUCUUUUUGGUCUUGGGAGCAGUAGCUCAGAGCAAAGUAGGACAGGAAGUGUGCCGGGGAGGACUUCUUCUGGAGUUGGGAAUAGUGGAACUGGUUCUGCAUUCGGUGGGGGAAAGACAAACGGACAAGCUAGUAGCCCAGCCUAUGCCCAGCACAUUAAAGAGCUGCAACAUCUGAUCAACCCGCCACGCCCACAAGAGAAGCAAGAUCUAGCCAGAAUUCUUGGUUAAUCAAACUGGAAAUACAUACAGAAAUAAAGCUUUUGAUGUCAAGGGUAAAUGUAACACAUUUGUAACAGAGGUUAAUAAAGUUUCUUAUACUCCGCUCAUGUAUAGCGGCUAGCAAAAUAGCUAAUUUUUUUUUUUCUCCACAUUUUGUCAUGUAACAAUCCCAGCCCUCCAUGCCUUUAUGUUGUAUAGGGGUUUUGUGAUAAAGUGACAAAAAUAAGAGCUUAUUUUUAAAAGAAAGGAAAAUGACAUGAUUUUUAAAAUGUUUUUUUUCCAAAUACUGCAUUCAACCCCUCCAAAUCUAUACUCUGCAUAUCCAAUUUACACUGCAGUUCCAGCCACUGGAAAAACAAUCUAGAAAUAAGUAAAAAUUUCCUAAAUUAAGAGUAUAUACCCCUAAUUUGAGUAGGUAAAUUAGAUAGUUUGCCAAUGGAAUGAGUAUC